GGGCGGAACCCGGGAGGACCUCGCGGGCUGAGUGACGGCGGCGAGGCGGCUCGGCCGGGGGGCGUGGCCCACGGGGCUGGAGGCGGUCCCCGGAAACCUCCGCGCCCCACGAGCUCUGAUAGGUCCGGCUGGAUGCAUGGGGGCGUGGACAGCUAGAUCGAAGGCGGGACCAAGGAGGGCCUGGACGCUGGGCGAGCAGGCUGUGCCGCGGGCAGCCCGGGAGAAGGCCGGCAAGAUGGCAGCCUCCUGGAGGCUGGGUAGUGACCCGGCGCUGCUACGAUGCCUGCUGGGCUUCGGCGGCCGGCGGAGCUCGGCGUUGGUUAAGGGGCCUGCUAGGUGGUCUGUCGGCCGCGAAACUAAUUGGAGAUGGUUUCACGGCACGCGGUGGCUGCGGGUUGAUCCUAUUAAGAUACUAAUGCCAUCACUGUCUCCUACAAUGGAAGAAGGAAACAUUGUAAAAUGGCUGAAAAAGGAAGGUGAAGCUGUGAGUGCUGGGGAUGCAUUAUGUGAAAUUGAGACUGACAAAGCGGUGGUUACCUUAGAUGCGAGUGAUGAUGGCAUCUUGGCCAAAAUUGUGGUUGAAGAAGGAACUAAAAACAUACGGCUUGGCUCACUAAUUGGUUUGAUUGUUGAAGAAGGAGUAGAUUGGAAACAUGUUGAAAUUCCCAAAGAUGUGGGUCCUCCACCACCAGCUGCAAAACCCUCUGUGCCUCCCUCCUCCCCAGUUCCACAAACUUCCACGCCUGUCAAGAGGGAACACACGCCAGGAUCCCUGCAGUUGCGUUUAAGUCCAGCUGCCCGCAAUAUUCUGGAGAAAUACGCACUGGAAGCUACCCAGGGCACAGCGACUGGGCCUCGGGGAAUAUUCACUAAAGAAGAUGCUCUCAAACUGGUCCAGUUGAAACAGAUGGGUAAGAUCCCUGACUCCAGACCAGCCCCAGCUCCUUCAGCCACUCCAGCAGCACCUCUGCCUCCACAGGCCACAGCAGAACCCUCGUAUCCCCGGCCCAUGAUCCCACCAGUCUCAAUUCCUGGACAGCCCAAUGCAACAGGCACAUUCACUGAAAUCCCUGCAAGCAAUAUUCGAAGAGUUAUUGCUAAGAGAUUAACUGAAUCUAAAAGUACUGUACCUCAUGCGUAUGCUACUGCUGACUGUGAUCUUGGAGCUGUUCUAAAAGUUAGACAAGAUCUCGUCAAAGAUGACAUCAAAGUGUCAGUAAAUGAUUUUAUCAUCAAGGCAGCAGCUGUUACUCUUAAACAAAUGCCAGAUGUUAAUGUAAGCUGGGAUGGAGAAGGUGCAAAGCAGCUGCCAACUAUUGACAUAUCUGUGGCUGUGGCAACAGAUAAAGGUUUAAUUACACCGAUCAUAAAAGAUGCUGCUGCUAAGGGCAUACAGGAAAUUGCCAGUUCUGUCAAGGCACUCUCCAAGAAGGCCAGGGAUGGCAAGUUGUUACCUGAAGAAUACCAAGGAGGAUCUUUUAGUAUUUCCAACUUGGGAAUGUUUGGCAUCGAUGAGUUCACUGCCGUCAUCAACCCUCCGCAGGCCUGCAUCCUGGCGGUGGGGAGGUUCCGGCCUGUCCUGAAGCUCACGGAGGACGAAGAGGGAAACACCACACUGCGGCAGCACCAGCUCAUCACAGUCACAAUGUCAAGUGACAGCCGAGUGGUCGAUGAUGAGCUGGCUACCAGGUUUCUGGAAAGUUUUAAAGCAAACCUAGAGAAUCCUAUCCGACUCACCUAGUCCUUACAUAUAGGGACUGGGUCUUUGGUUCAAUCAGUGGAAUAGCUGUUACUAAGAGACAUGCUCUACAGGAGAGCAGUUAGGUAUUUAAAGUGUGAAGUGAGAUAAGUGUUUAUAUAAAGUGAAGACAUUUGACCCAAGUUGUCUUUGUUUACAAUUUGGGCCUAUUGUUAGAGAAAUAAAUAAUGAGAAACUGUAAUAGAAGAGACCAUUAGCGAGAUCCAUUUUUAACUUCUGGUGCUGUACAAAAGGGACAUUAAACUAGCUGUAAAUUAAAUUAUGUUUGGCUGCUUUGAGCAUUUCAGGAUAUUUGAGAAUGUAUAAUACAUUAUAAAACGAGAACAUUGGUAAAACUGUUAGUUGUGUUGAAGUUAAAAGUGAUCUUCAGUGGGAGCCCCAUUAUUUUAGCAGUGGGGCCUUUCUGUUAACAAGCACUGCGGUAGCUGUACUUGAACAAUUUAACUUGUACAGAAGUUUAUUCUGAAUAAUAGCAAAUGAGGAUUACAUUAAAUGAGGGGUUGUGGCAACAUUACUGAAUCUUUUGUGUAUGUAAAGCCAUAUGUUUUAAAGUAGUUUCAAUUAGUCUUAUUUUCUACCCUGUAACACUGUGAACUUCUGAAGAGGAGGAAAAGAAGGAACAAAAAUGAGGAGAGAGACAAAGGAAGUU